CUCCAAAUAUCAACCCGAGCGAUUUCGAGUUCACCCACAAGCAGGGAACAAUGCCAUCGAUCACAAGCCCGAGAAGGAGGUCGCCGUCCCCGCCAUCGCAUCAACAAGCUUCCUCAGCACUUGAAAGAAGCCACCGAGAGAGGAGGCUCUAUGAAGCGUCGCUCGGCGGGUGCGUCGAGUCAUUAGCUCAGUUGCUGCAAGAAGACGGACUCAUCCUGGCUCGGGUUCCUGUCACUUGCUUCGACGAGACUCCAUUGCAUGUGGCCUGUAUGCAAGGUCAUGUACAUUUUGCCAAGGUUCUUUUGGCUCAUAAAAUGGAUUUGGCUAUGGAGUUGGACUUGCAGGGACGUACGCCUCUUCACUGGGCAUCUGCAAACGGAUACGUCGAAAUAGCGAGGGAAUUGUUACAAUCAGACCCCCUUGCAUGCCUUGUCCAUGACGAAGAUGGUUGGACCCCACUUCAUCUAGCCACAAUGAAGGGCUGAAGCAACAUCGUGAUAGAGCUGGUGAAGGCGAGACCGGAGGCAGCUAAGCAUAGGUUGAGCCACGGCCAAACUGCUCUCCAUUUGGGAGUGAGUCAUAACCGUUUGGAGGCUCUGAAAGUCCUAGUGGAGACGAUGAGAGAUGGUGAUUUGGUGAAAGCUCAGGAUGAUGAGGGUAAUACCAUUUUGCAUUUGGCCACAGCAAACAAGCAA